AGUGUUGGACUGGAAGGGGGGGAAAGUGUCCGGACUGGAAGGGGGGGAAAGUGUCCGGACUGGAAGGGGGGGAAAGUGUCCGGACUGGAAGGGGGUGAAAGUGUCCGACUGGAAGGGGGGGGGAAAGUGUCCGGACUGGAGGGGGGGGAAAGUGUCCGGACUGGAAGGGGGGGAAAGUGUCCGGACUGGAAGGGGGGGGAAAGUGUCCGGACUGGUAAAGGGGGUGAAAAGUGUCCGGACUGGGAAGGGGGUGGAAAGUGUCCGGGGACUGGAAGGGGGGGGAAAGUGUCCGGACUGGAAGGGGGGGAAAGUGUCCGGACU